GUGCUCGACGUCACCUCUCCCAUGGCGUCACAUUGACGUCACGCAUUCCAAGCUUGCUAUGUAGAAGCGGGGACGGAUAAAUGUGCUAUUAGACUUUCUCUCUCUCAGCGCGCCACAUAAACAAAGGCACAUUGCAACUUACGCUCAGUGCAUCCUCUCCGUUACUAACGCCGACACUCUUAUAGUGGAGCUGACAGAACCACGGAGUACUUUUAUCUUCUUAGCUAAAUGGAAAAUCAGUCACAUAAUAGUUUUUUUAAUGAAAAUCAUCAACUUUUGCGACUUUGAAACCAACUUCCACUCAACCACUAUUUUCCAUUUUUUUACUCAUUUCUGUUGGAUAUGCACACGGAAUUAUUAGGGCUUUACAAACACAUGUAAAGACGGAACCUCAACAGAAAUCAAACACCGGUUCGGAAGAGCGCCUGCAGCCCAGGUCUGAGUCCAGGCUACCGGAUACCUCACCCGCCGCGUGUGCAAAAACAUCCCUGAACCCCAGACGCGUGCAGCCUCCACCCGAGAAACCGACCACGAUUCAGCGAGCUAAAGGCCAAGCAGAUCUAUGGCACUCUGACAAUGAACAAGCGAUCACAGUUAUUGGAACAGCUGCAUUUUGUCCAUCUAAAAUGCACACCUCGAGUAGACAUGCCCUGCGUUCAGGCCCAGUACGGCCCUGCACCUCAUGGGUCCAGCUACUCCGCCCAGUCCUUCGGUUACCAUGGUGACUACAGUGCUGACCUCAUGGCGACAGACUACACUAAGUGUGAGCUUGGUGGUGGGGAGAUCUCCGAGGCGGCUGCCACCACUUCCCUACCCAGUUUUAAUGUGUUUGUGGAAGGUGGCUUUGAGCCAAAACCCUCCUGUCUGUAUCAGCUCCCUCAACGCCCCAUCAAGAAGGAGGAGGAGUCUUACCCAACCAUGGCUCCAUCCGACGAAACAAUAGCUGGGAGUUCCAUGUACUUUAAGCAGUCACCCCCUUCAACGCCCCCCACGCCACUUCACUCAGGCCCACCCAGCAGCUCUUUCUUGUGGGAUGAACACAGUCUUCCCCCUGUGACCCAGCCCUGCCUGAUUGAAGGCCCACUGAAGAGUCCUCGCUUCCCUCAUUUCUACGAUCAGACAGCACCACCCUCCACCAGCGGCUACAACACCGGCAUCGGCCUUUCACUGCGCCCUGAACGCUCUCCUUCCUCAUCCUCUUCAUCUUCACAUGUGCCACCCAGCCUCGACACGCACACACACUCACAUGUGCACUCCCAUACGCACUCACACAUGUACCCCCUGAACAUGAAUAAGUUGGGAAACCUGGCGUUCCGCUCUCUAGGCAUGGGCCCUUGCCCGCAGCUUCUGGGAGAGAGUUUGCCAUCGCCGCCCGGACGCACCAGCUCUGGAGAGGGUACCUGUGCUGUGUGUGGUGACAAUGCGGCCUGUCAGCACUACGGUGUGCGCACCUGUGAGGGCUGCAAAGGCUUCUUCAAGAGGACGGUGCAGAAGAAUGCAAAGUACGUGUGUUUGGCCAGUAAAAACUGCCCUGUGGACAAAAGGAGAAGAAACCGCUGCCAAUACUGCCGCUUCCAGAAGUGUCUCAGUGUAGGCAUGGUGAAAGAAGUGGUGCGCACAGACAACCUGAAGGGGAGGAGAGGUCGCUUGCCGUCUAAACCAAAGAGUCCCCUGCAGCCAGAGCCCUCGCCCCCAUCACCGCCCCUCAGCCUGCUGAACGCACUUGUGCGGGCCUAUUCCCAAUCUACACCACGAGAACUAGACUACAGCCAGUUCAGUGCUGUGGAGCCAGUGGGUCUAUCCGAGUCUCAGCAGAUCCAGAUGUUCUACAGAGUGCUAACAGGCUCCAUGGAGGUGACGCGCUGUUGGGCCGAACGGUUGCCUGGAUUCUCUGAGCUUCACCACGAUGACCAGAACCUGCUCAUUGACUCUGCCUUCCUUGAGCUUUUUGUGCUUCGCCUCGCCAACAGGUCUUUGCUGGCGGAUGAGAAGUUCGUGUUUUGCACAGGCCUGGUCCUUCACCGGCUGCAGUGCCUGCGCGGAUUCGGCGAGUGGCUGGACUCCAUCCGAGACUUCAGCACUCACCUGCAGAGUCUCAACCUUGACAUGCCUGCGUUCUCUUGCUUGUGCGCCCUCGUGCUGCUCACAGAACAAUGUCCCGGUCUGAAGGAGCCUAAAAAAGUGGAGGAACUGCAAUCCAAACUAAUCUGUUGCCUGCGAGAUCAUCUGAGCUCGGUCAGCGCUGGAGGCUUGGCUUCAACUGGCGAGGCCCCACCCCCAGUGGGAGCUGUGCUGAAUUUGAGGACGGAGCUUCGAACUCAGCGUACGCAAGGCUUACAGAGGAUCUUCUACCUGAAGCUUGAGGACCUGGUCCCUCCCCCACCACUCAUCGAUAGGUUUCUGGACACCUUGCCCUAUUGAUGACCACGCCCUUUUUGCACACCACUGACACGCUCACAAGUUUACUCAGACACGCCCACAGCGGCUAUAAACUCACCCUGGGAUAAACAGAGCCAGUAGCUAACAGUGACACUGAACUCGAUUUCCCAUGAGCCCCCAAAUCCUCACAGGAAACAAAUGUGUCUGAGGAGAAACCAAUCAUAUAAACGCUUUUAGUCUCUGCUCUGCGCCUGAUAGUGUAAAUACGAGGCGGGUUUGAGCACAUCUGACGUAACGCACACUGGAAACAAGCGUGAUGCCUAUAGCUCAGCGUGCCACGUCAGGAAAAGUAUUACAGUGCAAGAAUGUGUGUGUGUGUGUGUG